GCGUAUCUUCGCCGCCAAGGCCGACCCAAUUGGCGAUGGGCGAUCGCGACACGAAGGAGCCGCCAACGACCGUCGAGAAAUAUGCAAGGAUCUCGACGCCAACACCCGUCAUUCUCAUGCUCGGCGACUCGAUCACCGAGCUUGGCGCGGACCCCAACUUGCUCGGGUACCAAGUGCUCUUGACGCACGCGUACCAGCGCAAGGCCGACGUGGUGAACCGCGGCAUGUCGGCUCGGACAACUCGAUGGUGGGUAGCGCAGCUGCCACGUGUCGUUGCCGACUGGGAGCACAAGCACCCGUCGCUCAUCUCGAUCUUCCUCGGUGUCAACGACGCAUCGGUCCCGGGAAAUACACCGCUGCACGUGCCGCUCAACGAGUUUGAAGCCAAUGUGCAUUCGCUCCUAAAUGGCUUUUCCGCUGCAUUUCCCGCCUGCGCGUUUGUCCUCGUGACGCCAAGUGCCGUCGACGAGCGGUCGCCGUGGGGCACCCUCUGGAAGAAUGACCGUGCGGCAACGUAUGCUGCGUCCGUGCUUGCGCUCGGUAUCGCGCGGCGCGUGCCCGUCGUCGACCUCUACACGCCCACAGAAGCGAAUUUGAACCUAUUCUUUGACGGGCUGCAUUUGGGAAAAGAGGGGAAUGUGCUCUUGCAUCAACUUUGGCUAAACGCGGUGCGAUCCCAUUUGCCCCACUUGGCACCCGAAAACCUGAAGUGGGCGUUUUAAUCAUACAUUAAUGAGUUUUGUACAUGGUC